UUGGGUGCGGCGCGCGGCUCUGGAGCAUCAAACGCAACGGAGAUUCAGCCCACUGGUCAUCUCCAAUACAUUCUGAGUCUACGAAAACACAUACUACAGAACAUGCAGACCACCUUAUUGCUCUCCCUUUUUUCAUUAUUAGUGAAAGGUGUGCUUGGUGGUGCAGAUAAAAUGGAGACAGUGUCAGUGAUAGAGGGAGAUUCUGUCACUCUAAACACUGAUCUUACAGAAAUAAAGAAUGAUGAUACUAUCCUGUGGAUGUUUGGACCUAGGGGCUUUGUCAUAUCUCAAAUAACAAGAAAGGCAGAUUUGACUUCGUUUUUUGUCACUGAUGAUGCUGGAUUCAGAGACAGAUUGCAGGUGAACCAAGAGACUGGAUCUCUCACCAUCAGAAACAGCAGAAUCAGACACUCGGGACAAUAUAAACUCAGCAUCUCUAGAGAAAAGACUACGAUGAAGAUAUUUAGUGUUACUGUCACUGGUGUGGUUGGUGAGACAGGUGGAGUGAAGUCAGUGACAGUGACGGAGGGACAAAAUGUCACUCUGAACACUGAUACUGAAAUACACCUUGAUGAUCUUAUCUUGUGGAGGUUUGGAGAUAAAGGCAUUCUCCUGGCUAAACUCGAUGUAGGAACUAAAGAGACCUCAUUAAAUAAAGCUGAUGAGAGAUUCAGAGACAGACUGCAGCUGAAUCAGAAUGGCUCUCUGACUAUCAAGAACACCAGUAUCGAACAUGCUGGACUUUAUGAGCUGCAGAUCAGAGGCCAUGAGAGCUUUCAGCGAUUUCUUCUUUCUGUCACCGUAACGAAAAUGUCAGUGAUGGAGGGAGAUUCUCUAACUCUACUCACUGAUGUUGAGGAACUACAGAAAGAUGAUGAGAUACAGUGGUGGUAUGAAGAUGAACCCAAUCCCAUAGCUAAAAUCAGUAAAGAGACAAAUGAGCCAUCUACAAGUGAUGGGACUGAUGGGAGAUUUACAAACAAACUGGAACUGGAUCGUCAGACUGGAAAUCUCAAAAUCAAUAACAUCAGAAUCCUUCACACUGGACUCUAUAAAUUCAAGAUCAGCAACAAAAUAAGAACCAUUGAGAAGAGAUUCAUUGUUACGGUGCAAAUUGAAAAGAACAACGUGUCUGAGAUGGAGGGAGAUUCUCCAACUCUAUCCACUGGUGUUCCUGAACUACAAAAAGAUGAUAAGAUACAGUGGUACUAUGAAGAUGAAACCAAUCCCAUAGCUGAAAUCAAUACAGUGACUAAUGAGACAGUGUUACAUGAUGGGACUGAUGGGAGAUUUAGAAACAAACUGACACUGGAUUCUCAGACUGGAAAUCUCACAAUCAAAAACAUCAGAACCCUUCACAGUGGACUCUAUAAACUCAAGAUUACCAGCAGCAGUAGCGAUAGCACCAAAUACAAGAGAUUCAUUGUUAGGGUGAAAGUGAGGACAAAAUCAGUUGAGGAGGGAGACUCAGUCUCUCUCGAGAUGGACGCUGUAAUACAGACAGGUGAUCUGAUACUGUGGACGUUUGGAGCUGAAAACUGCCUCAUUAAAACUAAUUCAAGAACAACUGAUACUGAUGAGAGAUUCAGAGACAGACUGAAGCUGGAUGAGAAGAAUGGAUCGCUGGCCAUCAAAAACAUCACAACCAAUGACGCUGGACAUUAUCAUGUACAGAUCAUCAACAGCAAACAGACCAUAUUCAGGAGAUUCAAUGUGAUUGUCACUGAAAAACAAGAACAUAAGAAGCCAAUUUCUUUGACUCAAGAGGAAGAGCAUGUGGAUCUGCAUGAGAUGCAGGAGAUGGGUUCAAAUGAAUGAGAUUUGCUUUUAUGAAAGUCAGUAAUGCCCCCAUGUGUGAUGUUGAACUGUCACAUAACAGCAGUGUUUCAAUAUCAAUGUAUUGUUAAUGUUUAGCUUUGUUUCAAAAAGUCAAAAUUGCAUGGCACUCCGUCUUAAAUUUAACAGUCCUCAUGUAUGGAUUGCAUGUAAUUCAAUACAUCUGAUUUGAUCAUUGCUGUUCUCUAAUGGGCAAACACAAACAAAUUUUGCUUCUGAUGGAUCUAAUGAUCUAAUUCAGGGGUAUCCAAAGUCCAGCCUGUGGGCCAGAUGCAGCCCCUGGAUGAAUUCCAAACAGCCCGCAACCUGCUACUAAAGUGCCCAAUUAUGCCAUUUUUUAAGGUUCCCAAUAUUGUUUUGGGAGGUUUACAUGCAUGUAAGGUAAAAAAAAAACACUUUAAUUUUCUCAUAAUAUUAAUAAUACAACUCUUUAACAGUGUAAACAAGUCAGUAUGCAUCAAAUAGCAUUAGACAAACCUUUAACAUGUUUACUGAUGGUAUUGUUUGUGUAACUUGUGUAUUACAACUCUACUGUCAACUCAAGUGUCUGUCAAAUCUGUCCUGUGUCCAACUCAAGAGACAAAGCAUGUAAUAUUAUAUUAUAUAGCGACUUUGCCAACUACUGGCCUGCCAUGCACAAUACAACCUUCACAUAAUACAGAUCCGUGUGAAUGAAGAUGAUUUUGAUAAUGUUGUCAUCUGAUUUUAGUACAUUGUUGUUAUGCCCUUAUACUCAAGUGUUGUCCCAUGUUCUUUGUCAGGUCUUGUCCUUUAUGGCUGCAUGUUGGUUGUGUUUGAGUUCUUGAAAACGUAUGUUUACAUUACUAUAUAUUGUCAGGUAAAUGUGUAUGUGUAUAUGUCGACUUAUGUGUGCACAUAUGAUGCUAUAUUGUUGUUUACCUCGAUAUUUACUCUUGUUCUGAUUUGAGAGUUUGACUAAUAGAUCUGUCCAAAUACAAGGUUAAGAUCUGUGUUUACUGCAACUGCAUAUAUUAAUAAUGCUGAUAUGGAUGUCUGGGAUAUUUGUGUUGUUAUCAUAAUAGUAUUUACAGUUUGAGUAUGUUGUUUGCAUGAUGUAUAAUGAGUAGUCCUAUAGAAUGGUGGAACUAUGACGUCACUUAGUAGGCCAAUCGGCAGUUAGCAUCUCGCUGGUUCCCUCGACAAAAACCCAAUAGGAUUUUCCUAUAGGCUUUUGGAUUAUCUCAAAAAAUAAGCUCUGUGAUCAACAAAAGUUAAUGAUUUUGUCCAUCAAGAUUAUUUUCACAGAACACAACUUUUAUGACGUUUGAAGCCUAAAUGGAGACACCAGAAGCAAAAAACUAAAGGUAGGCUACAUGGUUGCAUGUUUCCAACGUCGACCACCACUAAGCAUCCGACAGCUCUUUUGUUCUUUAUCUAAAAACAUUUUCCCAGAAAGUUUGAAUUCAAAUUGCUUCAAAGAACUCAAUUAUAAACAUAACGGGGUUGUAAAAGUGGACUGAGCUUACCUAUUCAAUUUAAUGAUGUUUAAUGUGGCCAACAACCUCUAUAGUCCCAUUUAGCCACUUGUUUUCAAGACACGUAACAGCUUUAAAAAGUCACGAGUAGGGUAAUACUGAUGUAGUUUAUCUUGUAGAAUAAAACGUGAAAGUAUCUUAAAUUGUCUGAUUCGCUCUGAUAUCUUACAACAUAAGUGUCAUUCACACAUACACUAAACACCAUCAUGGUAACACACAUGAAACUGAAAUAAUCCAAUAAAAUUUAUUUAACAACAUCAGGUGUUACAUACAACCCUAAUGUAGAAAACUGAUAAGUAAAAACGAAGAAGAAAAACAACAACAACAAAUUAUACAUUAUACUGUAAAUUAUACAUUCUUUUUACUUCUAAAAAUGGUAUACUACCGUAAAAUUACAUGUAAUGUCCAAUACAGUUUUUCACCGUAUAUAGUAAGGGAAUUUACCUUUAACCAUUUAACAGGUUUUUAUUGUAGCAUUUUUACAGUCUUUUACCGUUACAUUCAUGGUCAUUUUUUACAGUGUAGCGUCUGUUUGUUAC